AUGGUGGACAGGCAGCUUAGAUCAAGGACAGGCAUGUCGGAACCGGAGGAAGGGGUUAACGUUACGGACCCCGUACAAAUGAUGCAACUGAGGAAGUUGGAGUUGGAGAUGCAGAUUCUGAAGGAAGCAGCAGAUCAAGAUAGGCAAAUAAAGAAGGAAGCAGCAGAACGAGAGAAAGAGAAAGUUGAACGACAGCUAGAAUUAGAAGAAGAAGACAAGAAGUUACGCAGAGAAGCUGAAUUACCAGCGUAUUUUCAAAGAAUUGAAGGAAUGUUUGAUAGUUAUGAAAUCACUGAAGAUAUACGAGCAGAGCUGUUGGUAGCAAAUAUGGAGACGAAGAUGAAAACAGUUUUGAAUGAAUUAAAAGGGGAAGACUAUCAGAAUUAUGAAGCCAUCAAGCAACGUAUCAUAUAUUCAUGUCGGUUCAGUCCUAUGAAACUUCGCGAUGAAUUUUAUCUAGCUAGGAAGAAAAGUGAUGAAACAUUCCCAGCAUUUGCCGCGAAAUUACAUAGCCACCUUAGAUUCUACUUUCAAAGUCGUGGUAUCGAGAAUUUGGAUCGGGCGAUGUCAUUGUUGGUUGUAGACCGGAUGAAAGAAUUGCUCCCUAAAGUUUUGUUAGAACAUGUGUUGACCCAGGAGGGUGAGAGUUGGUUACAACAUGAACAAAUGGCUGAUGUUCUAGAGACGUUCGAGGCAAACAUGAACAUGAGGUCGUCAACGGCAGCUGUUUCUGAUUAUAGGCUACACCACUUGUCGGAACAAAGGGGAAAACACUCACCUUGGCCCUUGAAAGAUGAUAAGAGGGGACCAAUUUCAAAGGUGGGCUGUUACAAGUGUGGUAAUGUGGGUCAUCUGGCCAAGUUUUGCACUCGGAGGUCUAGCUUGGGGAAACCGGUAAGGAAAAUCAUGAAAUGUCACGUCUCUUCUGCGUCUCGAGGUCUGAAUUCACAUGACAAUGGAGCUAUUCAAGCCGACAAAUAUUUCACAAGACCAUUUGUGGACGUUCAAAUACAGUCUGGUCCAGUCUGUAAGGCCUUGGUAGACAGUGGGGCAGAGGUUUGUGGAAUAUCACAAGAUUUAUGCCAGAGGUUGAAGCUUCCACGAAUGGAAAAGAUGAGAAUCAGGGGAUGGAAUGGGCAGCCUACAGAAGUUGAUGGGACAUGGGUGAUGUUGUUGCCAAGUUCAAAGGAAGGGGAAAGCAUUGCGCCAGCAAUCAGGGUGUGGUGUGCGGUGGUUCCUAAUGCUGUGGAGUUGUUGAAUAUAUCAGAACCAUACACAAUGCCUGCCAUGAGGGCCGGUACAUUGGUAGGUGAUUUACCGGUGAUGUCUGAACAUGACGAAAGUCUAAAAUACUACGACGUUGAAGAUCCCGGGUUGAAAUGCCAGGGGCGAUGCGGACGGCGAGGUGUAGGUCAGGUCGGUGAUAUUAUAAGAAAGUUAGAUGACAACAACAGCAACGUUAAUAAAUUUGUUUAUGACAACAACAAUGGUGUUGGUAAUUCAGAUGUCGGUAAUGUUGGUAGAUCAGAUGUCAGAGGUGCAGGCAAAUCAUAUGGCGGUAAUGUUGGUAGAUCAGAUGUCGGGGGUGUAGGUAAAUCAGAUGUCGGUAAUAUUGGUAGAUCAGAUGUCAGAGGUGCAGGCAAAUCAUAUGGCGAUGUCAGAGGUACAGGCAAAUCAUAUGGCGGUAAUGUUGGUAGAUCAGAUGUCGGGGGUGUAGGUAAAUCAGAUGUCGGUAAUGUUGGUAGAUUAGAAGUCGGUAGAGCCGGGAAAUCAGAUGUCGGUGGUACACGUAGAUCAGAUGUCGGUGGAAUAUGCAAGUCAGAUGUUGCUGAGGUAAAUAACUCGACUGCUGCUACAAAGAGAUCAGAAAAUGACAGGCCUAACGAAGAUGAUGGUGAGGAUGAAGGUGGAGGGGCUGAAGAUGACGAUAUGAUUGAUGAACUGGCGGUGGAAGAAGACAACCCAAUAAAAUUUAAUAAUUGUAAGGUUGGUGUGAUGGAAGCUGAGGAUGGCCAACCAGAGGAGGAAGGUGAAGAUGAUCAUGAUCGUGGAGAUGGUGAUGACGAUGGGAGGGAAUUUUCAGAUGACAACAAAGUUGGUAUUGUGGCAGGUCAUAACAAAGUUCUAGAUAAAGAUGAUGAGGGUGAAGCCCAGGUGGAUGAGGACGAAGGAAGUUGUGGGUUAGAAAAGGACAGACAUUUGAAGAACCAAACAUAUCGAAACGAGAAGAAACCUCGAGAAAUAACCCUGGUGCACCGUGUAGUCCGGAGGCCGUCGCUACAACAGCAUUCGCACACCCCAGUCACACAACAACAGGGCAGUGACUACAUGAAGAAAUAUACCCACUUACUCAGUUUCAACCAGCCCGGCAAGGCAUUCAUUCCAAGAUGCACUCGCAACAAUCUAAACGUAACACCUCAUGAUCGAUCUCAAACGUCAAAAAUUCACAGCAAAUUAAUUGAGACAUGGAUCACAUCUGACGACCCUGAUGUGACCAAGUGUAAAGUCGCCCCGCCUGGCUUCUCAGUUAUUCAUCAGCACAGAGUUCAUAUUUUCAUCAUCUACAGGCCACCAGGCCCUAUUACAUCUGAAUUUCUAAAUGAGUUUAAUAAUUUAAGUGAAGGUAUCAUAUCAAUAAAUAUCAGAUUUAUAAUCUGUGGCGAUUUUAAUGCUCCUUUUCCUCAGGCACCUGUUAAUGCUGAAUGGUUGGAGAUCAUUGACGAGUUUAAUCUACUACAACACGUUACGUUUAGAAAUAUUAAAAAAGUAAAUUGGUUAAAAUUCAAUGAUGAUUUACUCUCCUCAUCAAUCCUGGAGUAUGAUAAACAAACCACUCAUCAAUAUGCAUCUCACAUCAAUUCAAUAGUUUCCAAGACACUUGAAAAACAUGCUCCAUUAAAAACAAGGGUUUGCCUUAAAAACCACAUAUCAAAUGACGCCCGUAAUGCUAAAAGAUACAGGCGUAAAAUGCGCAACCUCAAUAGACUUUUACACAAGAAUAGCAACGAACCCUGCCUCAACAAUUCUGGAACUUCAUCAUUGGUCAACGACUUCAAUAAUUAUUUCAUCAACAAGAUCAACAAUAUUCAUAAAAACAUAGCACAACAGUUAUUGGUUUCAUCAGAUGAUAAAAGUCUCGUUAGAAAAAUUGAGAAACUCAACUACAAGUUGAAUAAUGCCGAAAAAGCAGUGAUCUUUAUAAAUAAUUGUAUUUAUGAUACUUGUAUGUUGAGCCGUAAUGUUACAUCCGUUAUCAGUAAUGCAAUCAUGUGCGUUAAAAAGUUGAGGUUCACCCAAAUCAUUUUGUUUUGCAGACAUGUUUAA